GUAGUGGAUAGGCUUUGGGUGUUCUGGCACGGCUAAUGCGGAAAGUCCGAUCUUUCUGGUCAGAGGAAGAAAUCUCUAGUUGGCUUCAGUCUCCACGGGAGGAAGCCUGAAGAAGAAUGGCCAGCUUCAAUUCUCAACACAUGGUCUGUGGGUCAGUGACAUUUAGGGAUGUGGCUGUUGACUUCUCUCAGGAGGAGUGGGCCUGCCUGGAUGCUACUCAGAAGAUCUUAUACAGGGACACGAUGUUGGAGACCUACAGCAACCUCGUCAGAGUGGUGGGAAGUUGCAUUUCCAAGCCAGAUCUGAUCACCUUACUAGAGCAGGAGAAAGAGCCCUGGAUGGCUGUGAAGGAAGAAACAGACAGGCUGAGCCCAGAUUUGGAGUCAUGUUAUGAAACUGAAAAUAGGUCUCCAGGAAAUCAAACUUAUGAGAUAAAUUUAUUCAACCAGAGAAUAAAGCAAUUCAGUAAAACUUUUGACCUCAAGGGUUGCAGUUUUACUAAUGGCCCCAACUGUUACACAUUCAAGGGACUACAGAGUUCUCAAGAAGGAGGUGCUGAUCAAAAGAUUACUGACAAGGAAGAAAUGCCUUCUUAUACCAGCCAGACUCUUGCUCACAAUAUAGAAAAAGUAUAUGAAUGUAAAGAGGGUGGGCAGUACCUUGGUUGUAGUUCAACUCUUACUCAGCAUCAGAGUAUUCACACUGGAGAGAAGCCCUAUGAAUGUAAGGACUGUGGGAAGGCCUUCAGACUCCACCAGCAGCUUACAAGACAUCAGAAGUCUCACAGUAGUGAGAAACCUUUCAAGUGUAAUGAAUGUGGAAAGGCUUUUCAUCUUCCUGACCUGCUUAAAUAUCAUAAAAUCAUUCAUACAGGGGAAAAACCUUUUGAAUGUGAAGAAUGUGGGAAGUCCUUCAAGCGUUUCUUCCACCUUGUUGAACAUAGGACUAUUCAUGCUGGUAUAAAACCCUAUGAAUGUAAUGAGUGUGGGAAAGCCUUUAAACGUCGCUCAUACCUUGUGCAACAUCAGAAAAUUCAUUCUGGUGAGAGACCCUUUCAGUGUAAGGACUGUGGAAAGACCUUCAUUGUUUUGGCUCAGCUCACUCGUCACCAGAACAUUCAUACUGAAGACAAAUCAUUUGAAUGUAAGCAUUGUGGGAAGAUAUUCAGUUGUGGCUCAUUCCUCUUGCGGCACGAGAGUAUUCAUACCAGUGAGAAACCCUUUGGAUGUAAUGUAUGUGGGAAGGCUUUUCGGCUUCAGAUAUACCUUUCUGAGCAUCAGAAAACUCACACUAAUGAGAAACCUUUCAAGUGUAAGCUCUGUGGGUCAGCCUUCAGACGUAAGGACCAACUUAAUGAACAUCAGAAGAUUCAUACUGAUGUGAAACCCUAUCAGUGCAAGGAAUGUGGAAAAUUAUUUCGCCGAAAAUCAAGUUUCACUGAACAUCAGAGUAUUCACAGUGAAAAGAAGCCCUUCAAGUGUAAGGACUGUGGGAAGGUCUUUAGACUUAAUAUACAUCUCAUGAGACAUCAGAAAUCUCACAGUGGUGAGAGACCUUUUGAGUGCAAAGAAUGUGGAAAGGCUUUUCAUCUUCCCAGCCAGCUUAAUUACCAUAAAACUGUUCAUACAAAUCAAAAACCAUUUGCUUGUGAGGAAUGUGGGAAGUCCUUCAAGCAUGUCUCCAGCCUUGUUGAACAUAGGGUUAUCCAUGCUGCUGUGAAACCAUAUGAAUGUAAUGAGUGUGGAAAAGCUUUUAAUCAUCGCUCAAACCUCAAGCAACAUCAGAAAAUUCAUUCUGGUGAGAGACCUUUUCAGUGUAAGGAAUGUGGGAAGGCCUUCACUGUUUUGGCACAGCUCACCCGGCACCAGAGCAUCCAUACUGGAGAGAAAUCGUUUGAAUGUGAGCAAUGUGGGUCCACUUUCCGACUUAAGUCCCAACUCAAUCAACAUCAGAGAAUUCAUACGGAUGUGAAACCCUAUCAGUGCAAGGAAUGUGGAAAGGGCUUUGUUCGUGGUACAGCCCUUAGGAUUCAUCAGAGAAUCCACACUGGUGAGAAACCGUUUCAAUGUAACAAAUGUGGGGAAGCUUUUCGAUAUCAUUACCAGUUUCUUGGACAUCUUAGAACUCAUACUGGCAAGAAUCUUUCUGAAUGUAAAGAAUUGUGGCGGAGACCUUAAAGUACAUCAAAGAAUUCACACUGAGAGACAUGCACCAAAGAACUCAUGAUAUUCCAGUGGCUUCUUGCCACUUCUGAGGACUUAGGCUGAUUGGCAGAGACUUGUGUUUUCUUCUGGAUAGAACUGCUGAUGCUGAUUCCUGGAUGGUGUUUCCAAGUGGAUCGAGCUACUGCUGCUGAUUCAUGUGAACCGAACUGCUGAUACGCUGACAAUGAAAACUGUAAUCACCCCAAAGAACUAUUUCUAAACAGGUCCACAUCUGUUUUUGCCCUAUUAACCUUUCCUAUUCACUCACUACCUCUGGUGGCUGGGGGACUAGAAGGGAGGUUAAAGUGU